AUGACAAUCUACGCAUUACUGGGUGGAGGCAGUGCCUUGAUGGUGCUUGCGCGUGCUGUGGCGGUGGCUACUGCUGGACUCUGUGCUUCUCGGGAGCUAUUUCGUCUGCUUACACGUACUUUGCUGUAUGUACCAUUAAGAUUCUUCGACGCUAACCCGAUCGGACGGAUUCUGGAUCGGUUUGAAGGAGACAUUUCUGCAGUGGAAAUUGACAUUCCAUUGGACAUCGGAAGUCUAUUGGUGGCAGGCUUCUUCACAUUUUGCCACCUUGUGAACGCAAUGGAGAAGGUGAAUAUGAAGACGCAGGUGUUGGAACUGGAAGAUCAGCUAUCGUACGAGUUGAGUGAGAACGGCGAGAACUUCAAUGUGGGCGAGCGGCAGCUGCUGUGCAUGGCUCGCGCUCUACUGACUCGGAGCCGCAUCGCGGCGGAUGAGGCGACGGCGUCCAUGGAUCACGAGACGGAGAAGGAGUUGCAGCAUAUGAUCAAUCGGGACUUCUAG